AUGGAAGCUCGAUAUUCACCGGUGCUUACCGAACCCAUCUCAUUCUACAGUAGAUCAUAUCGGGAUAGGGGAAGUUCUUUGCAUGUUGAUGACUCGCAGCGCACCUCUUACAUAUCCUACUUUAGCGAAGUGACACCUCGCAUGGUGCACUGUCCCGUCUCGAUUCGCGAUGGAUCUGUGGAUUCAUCGGCCUUCGAUACAAUACCGUUUGUGCACAAGCAAGAGAGCUUUUUUGCUGCGUCUUUAGCAAACAUUAGAAUAGCUUUGCACCGGACAAAACGACCAGGCUUUAUUCUCCGCACAUUAAGUGUGCACAGACAGAUAGCUAGUUUUCUGUUACCAAAGAAUUACUUGUUAUUUCAAAAUUUGAAAGAGGUGACUCGUCUGAUUUGCAAUCGUGGCAUCAUUGCCAGACAAUGA